AACAGAAGCGAAUAUCGUAAUUUACAGACACAGGCUAUUGAGGCCAACAACAAAUGCAAAGCCGGAUCAGCUCGAGGGGUGAAGGAUCGAGAGAUGGAAAAACUCACCACCCGAGCCGUGGAAGCCUCUGAGAAAGCUGAUGCGGCCAAUGAAGUCCUUCUAGUUUUCGGAGACAUCUGCAAAAACUGCCAGGAGCAGUAUUACGGCCACGUGCUUCCGACGAUGUACAAGGAUCUACGACAGAACGAGCAAGGCCGCUUUCAGGCCGUGAAAAAGAUCUUGGGCGACACCUUACACAUGGAACGAACAUAUCAGGGCACAAUCUUAGAAUCGUUCGAUAACUGCAUCGCGGACUACAAAGCAAUCGAUAUCGAAGGGGAUAUGGAUGCUUUCACGCAGUGCCACACAAUCGACGAGGACGCGCACGCUUUCGAAGGCGUCUUCCCAUCUAGCAUACCACAACCGGCGAGGACGGGGAGAAUGUUGCUGAAACGAGGAGAUUUCACGAGGGGGUGGCAGCCGCGCUAUUUUGUCUUUCUGAGAGAGGCGCAGACUCUGUUGGGCUUUGACAGCCCGAACACAGACACGCCACCCAUCGAGAUUCUACCCCUGCGUCACAGUGCGAUCCAUGAUCUGGAUAACAGCUAUUUUGCGCGGCCGCACUGUUUUCAGAUAAUAUGUCUAACACAACGCGGGAAAGAGACGUACAAUCUCAUCGCCGAAUCGGCGGUGGAAAAGCAGAAUUGGAUGAGCGAUCUUCGUGCAUUCGCGUCCUGUUGCAUAAAAGGAAUAUUGCUCCGAGAGAAGGAUGGUGUGAGAUCGCAAGUCUCAGAAAACGAGGAAGAAGACUAUGCGGUGAUCAGGUCUUUCCAGCUAUCAGUGAUGGAGGCGAAAGAUCUGCACAGCCCAGCGCCCAACUCCGACAUGAGCGUGUAUUGCAUCGCAUUGCUGGACGAUGUGAAGCAAGCACGUACAACGAAGAAGGGCGCAACUGCACCAUUCUGGGGAGAGGAGUUCGAGUUCGUCAAUGUGUGCCCACACUACAAUCGGUUACGGGUGGUCAUCUUCAACGGCAGCCAGGAUAUUGGCUACGUCAGUAUCAACCUAUUCAAUCCGAAGGCUUCUUCGCGGACGGAACAGUGGUACCCGAUAAAGCAGCUCCCGCAAAUUAGUAAGCCGGAAGCGCCCUCUUCUGGUUCGAUUCGGAUAGGAUUCCACUCCAACACUCAACAGCUGUUGCCGCGCUCGCAGUACUUGCGGUUCGUCGAUCUGGUGACGGAGAAGUCGCUGACAUGCGUCAAGGCGCUGGGUGCAGUAUGCGGGAUGCAACGAGAGUCCGUCGCCAAGGUGUUUAUGAACAUCAUGACGGCGAGAGGAGAUGGAGUAGCUGCUCUCAAGAAUCUGUUGAGCGAUGAGAUCAGGCAGACGGAGAAUCCAAACAUAGUGUUCCGAGGCAAUACUUUGGCCACCAAGGCUGUGGACCAGUUCAUGAAGAUGGUCGGAAUGGAUUACCUGUCGUCCACCAUUGGGAUUCUUGUGAAACAUGUCUACUCCACCAACAUGCACUGUGAAGUUGACGCGACUCGCAUCGCUCGCCCCGAACUACUAGCCGAGAACUGGGACCGACUGUUGGGCGUGACAGAUGACUUCUGGGUCGCAAUAUCCAGUUCAUACGAGCAAUGUCCAUCAGUCCUCCGCGAAGUCUUCGCACACAUCCGGAUGGAGGUAGAUCGAAAAUGGCCACAAGACGUGGAAAGCAACCAAUCGAUCCCAUACGCAGCAAUCAGCGGCUUCAUCUUCCUCCGCUUCUUCUGUCCCGCCAUUUUACACCCAAAGUUGUUCAACUUGAUACCCGACCACCCGGACCCGCCCACAUCACGCACGUUCACCCUCGUCGCCAAGAUCCUUCAGAACCUGGCCAACCUGACCGAUUUUGGAUCGAAGGAACCAUACAUGGUGCAAUGUAACGCAUUCAUUGCACAAAACAUUACGUCAAUGAGAGGCUUCAUUGAUAGAAUAUCUACGAUACCCCCAGAGCCUCUGGAGCUCUCACCAUCUGACGUUACGCGGUUGCAUCCUUUACCGAGAAAGGACGUUGAAUGCCUGUACCAGUUUUUCGACGGCAACAUGGAUGCGUUGCUGGAGCAAGCGCCGCGGAUACCGCUGCUGGCUGGGUUGGUCGAUGAAUGUCGAACACUGAAAGCCCGCCACGCGGAGUUCAUGAACACGCCGCACGAAACGCUACUGCGGAAACCGUCGUUGCAUGCAGAGAGCGAGGAGUACCUCGCUGCCUUGAUCGGAGACGAACUGAACGAGUACAGCUUUAACCCGAAAAUCACCCUGUCGCCGCGCCCGCGAGCAGAGUCGGAUCCGGUGGGACGAUCGUCGGAAAUGUCAUCUCGGUCGUCGAUACAAGCGUAUGGCACCGCCUCUAGAAGCACGGAGGACGUACUGCAAUCCUCGUCGGAGCUACUGCCCGUCGCUCCACUUGCAGCCGCACCGAGCGUAGAUCUGCUGAUGGACAUCAAACCGCCCGAGACGCUGAUAACAGACUGGGACGCCUUGCAACGGGAUUUCAGCCGAAGCACCAUCUCGUCACCCGUCCCUCCGCAGCGGAAAGGUUCGAAAUUUCCACACGGGACCUCGAAGCAGCUUACAGAGUUUUCGGGGCUGUCGCGCAGCGAAUCGUCCCUGUCGGGCGGGACGUUUACGCAGGAGAUGGAACGGCGGAUUCGAGGAGCGAAUCAUCACCACUCGUCUCAUACGCAUCGGAAAACGGGCAACAAUGCGAAACAGUUCUUCAAGUCGCUUAUGCAUUCAAGUAGCACCGUUUCUUCACCGCUGCAUAGCCAGCACCACCACCACCAGGGUGGCGCAGACCGGGAAGCCUCCUCGAAGGAUGCAAACUACAGCGACCGCAAACGACUGGGCAGCGUCAGCUCCUUCGGAUCCAGUCUGAACUCCAACAACUCAAGUGAGUCCGUAUCAGUGAUCGGUGGCAGGGAAUCAGAGGACGACCGAUCCAUGUUCCACCUCGACCGCGAACUGUUCCCGUCAGGUUCAGCGGCAGAAACGUCCUCGGCGUCGGAUCAGCAGCAAUAUACCCUCGGCGGCGAGGGCCGCACACCUACCGCCCCGUCAGGAACAUGGACAUUCGCCCAUCGCGUCCGCCGAGAUACGUUGGGCGAGUUUCGCGGGUCAUCGGAUUCGUUGAUGGUUCCACCGACGCCUCCGCCUAUUCCGGAUGACUUUGAUGCGUACCCGAUGGUGGGUGGGGAUUUGGGGUCGCAGAUGGGCACCGCCGGGAGACCGAGGAGUGCGUCGGUGGGGAACAAAGUCAAGAGUCGGUUGAGUGUCAUUUGGAAGAGAUGAUAGAGCAGUAUAGUCGCUGAUUUCGGCCCCCUUGAUCUGGAUAUGGGGAAAGAGAGCGUGAUUACGGCCACUUGUAUAUAUAGUCCUCCAUUUUCAUCUCUUGUAGCGAUCUUUCUGUCACUUUUAC